UGCCCAACUCCCCCAAAGAUACCCAAUGCUGUAGCCGGCCAGACAUCCACCAGUCACGGUAGUACAGUACAGUAUACCUGCCUACCGGGACAUACCAAUGUCGGCAAUGUCACUACCAUGACCUGUGUAUACGGAGAGUGGAAGAUGGCUGGGACGAUGACUUGCACUAAAGCGUGUCCAGAUCCCCCUAAGCUGACCGGUGCACAUAUAACGUCUGCGGCGAGGAAGUUCUAUCUGGAAGGCCACAAUGUCACCUAUCAGUGUGAGAGAGGGUACCAGAGCACAACUUAUCCAGAAACAGCACACACCAAGAUGUGUACCAACAGCGUCUGGAAGGGAACAGACUUCACCUGCAAACGGGUUUGUCAAUCCCCUCCAGACGUUAAGAACGCCGUGGUAACGCCUCCUCCACCCCCAUUCUUUGAAGGAACAGCAGUGCAGUAUACUUGUAUCCCUGGGUUAGUGGCAGUAAAUAGGACUGCUCUGAAAACCUGCGUUGGAGGCAACUGGACUGGCGAUGACAUCGACUGUCAAAAGGUAUGUGCUCAGUUACCCUACGUUGAGAACACUAACGUCAUAAUGAACCACGUCCCCGGCGGAAGACUUAUAGAGGGCGCUAGGGUUAUCCACCGCUGCCAGACAGGCUACACUCAGGUCGGAGGCAAUAGUCUCCGUGUGUGCCAUGACAGCAGCUGGACAGGGAAGGACAUUCAAUGUGAAAAAUCGUGCCAAGCGCCUCCAGCUAUCCGUAACACCGAAAUGGCCGACACCUCAUCCACAUAUCGGCAUGGUACCGAGGUCCGCUACCAGUGUGUGAAUGGAACGCUUAAAGUUGGGGGAUCAGAGACUAAACAGUGCGUAUCAGGGAACUGGUCCACUCCGGAUGAUCUACACUGUGAAAAACCGUGCAGCCGCCCUCCUCACUUCCCGCUCAGCCGCCGUGUAUUGCUGAAGGUAGGGCCAUACGUGCCAGAACAUUACGUCCAAGGAAACCAGGUGAAAUACGAGUGUAGACCAGGUUAUGAGAACAUCAACACUGGGGACAUUAAGACGUGCGAGGAUGGUCGCUGGGUUGGCGCGGACGUUAACUGUCAAAAAUUGACUACCACCACGACCGUCACCACCGUGACCACGACUGAGAAACCAAUCCCCACUACAGAUACCAAGGAGCCAUUUGCAGGAAGCACGAAACCAACACCUACGCCAAAGAUAAUAGACCCCGUGGAGCCAGGCUCGGGGGAUGCCGAGAAGGAUGAUAACUUGGGCCUGGUUGAAGAAAUCCUCUAGUCACUAACGGUUCCCGUUGUAAGAAGAACUUCUAGAUGUCACUUAGUACUAGUGCACUAUGCGUCUUGACAAUCAGAAGCAUAUAUAUAAACUGUUUAUUAUACGCUCCACUAGUCUAGAUGAAAUUCAAAUGCAAAAUUUUAUCAGAGAUAUAUGUAUAUAAAUAUUAAAUUGACUUUUAACAAUUAAACAGUAAAAAGCAUAUAUUAACAGCAAGUCUUAAAAUUGGAUGCUUGUUCAAAUGAAGAGUGUGAUUUACUUCAAUGUGUUCUUAAAAUCAUACAUAUGCAUUUCCUGUUUAAAUUGUUCAAAUUUUAAAUGUGCAGCUAUACAUUUUUUAAGACUAGAAGUAAGAUUUUAUGGAAUGUGAAGACUGUUACAAGUCUUUUAUUUUUUCAUUUAUGCUCAUGAAAUUCAUGACUAUAAAAUACUGCUACAGCUUC